AUGUUCUUCAAAGAUUUUGAUAUUGAAAAGGAUGACUUGAUCCAACUAUGGAUGGCUCAGGGAUGGCUUCACCCUUGUCCUAACAAAAGCCUAGACAUGGAGGAGAGAGGUAAUGAAUAUUUUACAAUCCUAUUGGCGAAGUCGUUUUUUCAAGACGCUAGAAAGGAUUAUGGUGGUAAUGUUACCAAAUGUAAGAUGCACGAUCUUGUGCAUGAUCUUGCAGAAAGUGUAUCAAAAUCAAGGAACUUACACUCACUUUUUCUCAGUGGAGAAGUCCUUGACCUUGAGAGCAACUUACUUAAUUUUAAAUCUUUACGUGUCUUAAAUUUAUACAAUGCAGACAUUAUGGAGUUGCCAAUUUCAAUUGGGAAGUUGAAACAUUUAAGGUAUCUGAAUGUUUUGAAAACAAGAAUCAAAACAUUUCCCAAAUCAAUUGGUCAGCUUUACAACCUGCAAACAUUGAAAAUAGCUUAUCAGCUUGAAGAGUUUCCGAGAGAAAUUGCAAAUUUGAUCAACUUGCGGCACAUUUAUUUUGGUAGAUAUGUGAAAGUUCCAAGUGGAAUAUUGGGACGGUUCACUAAUCUUCGGUCAUUACCUUUUCUCAAGGUGGGUAAAGAGACAGGUCCGAGAAUUGAGGAAUUGAGUGGUUUAAACCAGUUGCAGAACACCUUGUCUAUUUAUGGAUUGGAAAAUGUAAGAGAUGGAGAAGAAGCGCAGAAAGCAAACUUAGUUGAGAAGAAACAUAUAUGCAAGUUAAUCCUUGAAUGGAAGCUUGAUAGGCCAAGCCACAAUGUGGAGAAUGAAGACGAUGUACUAAAAGGCCUACGACCACAUGAUAGUUUGGAAUUUUUGGCGAUUCAUGAAUUCAUGGGUGUUGAAUUUCCAUCAUGGUUAUUGCUAGCCAAGAAUUUGAAACAGAUUGAAUUAUUGGGCUGCAACAAAUGUGAAGGAGUUCCAGUACUUGGGCACUUACCCAGUCUUAGUUGUGUUAAGAUUAAGAGAAUGGAGAAUCUAACUUGUAUGGGAUCAGAGUUUUAUGGUGAUAACCAUGUUAACUGUGGAAAUGGAUCAAGUAAGGAGGCCCGGCCUUUGUUCCCUGUUUUGAAAACAUUGCAUAUUGAGGAGGCACAGAACCUGAUUGAAUGGAUGGAAGCGCCAACAGAGGGAGGAACUAGGGUGGUGUUUCCUUGCCUUAAGAAGCUGACCUUGAUUCACUGUGACCAACUGACAAGUGCUCCCAGUCAUUUUCCAUCUCUUAAGAGGUUGGUGAUACAAGACAUGGAUAGUGGAGGCAUGCCAAUAGCAAGUAUUCUAAGCAAUCAACUCACCACUCUCACUUAUCUCAGGUUAUCCAAUGUGGGGGGACUUACUUAUCUGCCGGAAGGGAUGUUGGAAAACAACAAGAAUCUUGCACAUUUACACAUAUCUUCAUGUUCGGAGUUGACUCAUAUAUCAGAAGGUUUUGAGCAAUGUUGCGCAUCUCUUUCUCAUUUGUCCAUACGGAAUUGCAAUAAUUUGAGAUAUUUACCUGAUGGGAUACUCACAUCUUCUCUUAAAACGCUGUCGUUGUGGCAUUGUGACAAUUUAAAGUACAUCCCAGAUGCUACAUGCGGUGGUCUCACAACCCUUGAAACAUUGAAUGUGAGGAGGUGCCCCAAAAUAACUUCCAUUCCAUUUUCACAAGGCCUCCCAUCUCUCGGUGUAUUAAGUAUAGAAGACUGUCCCGAAUUAUCAAGCCUACCGGGUGGGCUGGAAUUUUGCACCUCAAUUCGGAGGUUGAGUAUAACAAGGUGCUCUAAGGUACCAUCCAUUUCAAUCGAAAGUCUAAGUACAUCCCUCCAACAGUUGUGUGUAAGUAAUCUAGACUUUCUUCCAAUUUCACGAGGAGGCUUCACAUCACUCCGUGACUUGGAAAUCUGUUACUACGAAAGUGCACAAUUUGGGCCAGAAUUUAGUGCCUUUUUUCAAACCCUUGAAUCUCUUCAAAAAUUGAAGAUAUGGUGGUGCGAUAAUCUAGAAACUAUUCCAAGUUCAGACAAGCUCACAUCCCUCCGCAGCUUGGAGAUUCGUUGGUGUCGUAAAUUAAAAUGUCUACCGGAUGAGUUAGCAGCAUCGUCACAGUCCUGCAGCCUCACCCGUUUGAAGGAAUUGACAAUUGGUGAUUUCUGCGAGAAGCUCCAUGCAUUCCCGGCUUUUCAGGCUAUACCACAGCUUGAAUCAUUAUCCAUCUGGGGAUGGCGUAAGCUCAAGUCUCUCCCUAAACAAAUUCAACACUUGCCUUCUUUAAGACAUUUGGAAAUAAAUUCCUUUCAGGGAGUGCAGGCUAUUCCAGAAUGGUUGGGAAACCUUGCAUCUCUUGAGGACCUGACUAUUCGGUCUUGCAGUAGUCUGAAGUAUCUACCUCCUGUGGAAGCUAUGCAACGCCUCACCAAAUUGAAAGAGAUAAACAUCCGCAAUUGUCCCCGUCUAGAAGAAAGAUGCACGGAGGAGAGUGGCUCAGAGUGGCCUAAGAUUCGUCAUAUUCCAUUAAUCAAGAGUAAGACUUCUUUUCAUCUAUUACUAAACGAAUUGUUAAAUUGGGCCAUUUGA